AUGUUGUUAGGUGAAUUAAUGGCAUUUGUUAAAAUUUUUCAGGUUAUUAAUAAAGAAGAAGAUGAAAAUUGGUACAAGGCAGAACUUAAUGGUAAAAGUGGAUUUGUACCAUCAAACUAUAUAACUAUGAAACCAAAUCCGUGGUAUGUUCCAAAGAUAUCAAGAGAGGAAUCAGAGAAAAAAUUACUUGUAAAAAGUGGUACCAAUUAUAUACAACCUGACGGUGCUUUCCUAGUACGGCCGAGUGAAACAUCACCAGGAGACUUUUCUAUAUCUGUCAAAUUUGGUGAUAGUGUGCAACAUUAUAAAAUUUUAAGAGACAGAGAGGGAAAAUUCUUUCUGUGGGUUGUCAAAUUUAAUUCAAUAAAUGAGCUUAUAGAAUAUCACAGACAAGCAUCAGUUAGUCGGACACAGACAGUUGUUUUAAAAGAUAUGAUACAUGAACAGCAAGCAAGAAUAGCAAGAGCAUUAUAUGAUUUUGAACCAGGAAAUGCUGAUGAAAUUCGAUUUAAAAAAGGUGAUAAUAUAGAAGUAAUUGGAGAGGAAGAUUGUAAUUGGUGGAAAGGACGAGUUAAUGGACAAGAAGGAAUAUUCCCUGCAGCUUAUGUCAAAAUUGCAUAGUUUUAAUAAAUAGAAUUGACAAUUUUUUAUUAAAAACUUGAAUGUUUGAAUGGAAGGUACAAAUAAAAGUUAACAGAUAUUAUGAGUUUGGGUGGGUACUAACAUUCUAUGUUCUUUGUCAGUAUUUAAGAUUAUAUGUACUCCUUGUGAAACAGGCAAGAAUUUUAUACCUUCCUUCUGUUUCGUAAACUUGUACAAUUUUUAUAACUGCUGAUAAUAUAUUUUUUAUCCAGUAAUGACAAAGAUGUUCAAAUUUGCCAUAUACUUGAAAAAGCAAACUCAAUUUGUAUUUGAGAUAAAAAGUGUAUUUUUUAUCUAUUAAUGGCAAAUAUGAUAAAAUAUGCCAUAUAUAUAUAAAAUUGUGAACACAAAUCAGCAUUUGUGGUAUUCAAAAAAUAUAUUUGCAUUAAAUGUCUUCUUUGUUAUCCUGAUAGUAACUUGUGUGUGUACUGGAUAAUAUUGUUAACUGCAUGAGUAUAUUCAUUUGGUCAGUACAAUAUGCAGAAGAAGAUCCCAGUCUAAUUUUGAUAUAACAAAUAAUAAUUUUAACAUGUUUCAGUCUUUUUAUAGAUAGAUUUAUAUUAUAUAUUGUUUUACAAAACAUCAGUUUGCCCAGUGAAUAUUGAAACAAGAUGAUGAUGAGGGUAUCUCUGAAGCAGGAUAUCAGGGGACUUAAUCCAUAUACUUAAGAAAAUUGAUUUGUUAACAUAUAUAUACCAAUCAUGUAGAAGGAGGAAGUCUUUUAUAAAAUAUCCAAUGUCACAGUUAUUUUUAAUUAUGACUGAAACUUUGUAUGAUAUGAGAUUGUGAUCCAGAGUUUGUAUAUUUAUUUUUAACAUCCAAUUAAUCAAUUAGAAUUAUGAAUUAUGGUCAUUUUUUUUUUACCAUUAAAUUUUUGGGGCCAAGUGUCCUUCAAAUAUCAGGAAAGUACCAUAGAUACAUGUACAUUCAAUCCAGAAACUUAAUUUUGGUCAAGAAAGUCUUCAUUUUAACUGUACUUUUUAUUGUCCACUUGAAAUCUAGAUAUGUUCAGAAUGAGACUUCAAUAUGACAGACAACCUGUGACAAGACGGGUAAUGAUAGAAAAAAUGUGCCACAAACAUGUAAAAUUGCACAUGUGCCAAUAGUUCUUUCAGCUUGUGUGAAAACUCUUUAUCUUAUGUUCAGAGACUUAAUGUCACAAUCAUUGUUGUCACAUUCUGAAUGGAAAACUUUUCAAUCAUUGUUUUAUUUAAUAACAUCAAUAAGUUGAGAGUUAUCUGUCUUAAGGAAAACACUUUGUUCUUGCUGUAUUAUACUUCAAAUUUUGUUUUGUAUAACAUUGAGGUUUUUGGAACUGAAUGACUGGAUUAACAUCUUUUAAUAUUACAAAAUUAAUGUUUGUAUUUUAUUAAAUAAUUCCCAUGAAGCAAAGUUUUGAUGCUUAGGUUUAAUAAAAAAAAAUCAGUUUAAAUAAAUGUCCACUUUUCACUUUUAUGACAAAAUACACAAAAAAAAAUCAUGAGAGUAGCAGAUAAAAAAGCAUGACUUGUGACAAUCCUAAUUCUCACCAAAAAUGUUUUGUAUAUAGACGUUUAAUUUUUUAUUUACUAUAGGUGAACAACUUAAAAUCCUAUUGCUUUAUUUGGAAACUAUGUAUUAACAAUGGUGACUCCUGAAAAUAGUUUGAUCUUUGAACAGUAUUAUUUAAGCUAUAUCUUGUACUCUAUAUACUAGAAAUUUAAAAAAUACUGGCAUGAAAAGCCAAGCUUUUCCAGGAAUAAACAAAUUAUAUAUGAUACUAGAAAUUAAAAAAAUACUGGCAUGAAAAGCCAAGCUUUUCCAGGAAUAAACAAACUAUAUAUGAUACUAAAAAUUAAAAAAAAAAUGGCAUGAAAAGCAAAGCUUUUCCAGGUUUUAACAGCUUCUUUUUUUUUUUAUUAAUAAGUAUUAUCAAAGUAGGAAUAAAUUGAACUUUACAUCAAUUUGACACCUGGGAUGCAUGCAACUUGUCUGGACAAGCAUGGCACUUCUGUUUUAUAUUAACAUCAGAAUUUGUCAGUUCUGGUCAUUGAAAUGGAGGACUCUUCAAAUUAAGAUAUUUGCUUUGGGACUUACAUUGUACAAAAUAAAACAAACCUUCAAGCAACCCUGAUAAGUAAUGUGUUAGAAUAAGCACUCAGACCAUCCUUUAAGUAGAACUGUUUUCUGCUAGAGAAAAAAAAACCUUCAAGCAACCCAUAUUAUGAAAAUGGAAUAAGGGCUCAGACCAUUGAAUUAGUAGAACUGUUUUAUACUUGAGAAAAAAACCUUUGAGCAACCCUGAUUUAUCAUGACUAUGGAUAAGCACCCAGACCAUUGUAUCAGUAGAACUGUUUUUGCUAGUGAUAAAAACCCUCAUUCAACCAUGAUUAUUCAUGUAUAAGGAAUAAGUGUUCAGACCAUCGUAUAAGUAGAACUAUUUUCUGCUAGAGGAAAAAACCUUCAAGCAACCCUGAUUAUUCAUUUAUAGGUAUAAGCGCUCAGACAAUUGUAUAAGAAGGACUGAUUUUGAACAGAGAAAGGAUUUUUUUUUAAAUAAGUCAUCUUUCAUCGCACAUCUUAACUAUUUUUUUCCAUAUGCAACAAAAUCAGUACUAUAACCUAUGUUUUUAUACCACUUGCUUUAGAAUAUGUGAUUGUUUUUAGAGAUGGUUUAUUAUUUGUAUAUAAUUUGUAUAUAUAUAUAAGAGAAAUACAAAGGUGAAUGUCUCAUUUGUUUGUUGUUACGAGACCAGGGAAGAGAAAAUACAUGUAUAUAUAAGGCUAUAGUGUCAGACCCAUUCCUGUUAAAUAUCUCCAAGUGCUGUACAUGUUGAUAGAUUUGUCAACAAAAUGUUUAUAUAUUGUAUAUGUAUCUAUGCUAACUGGUACAACAGAUUUUUUUCAAGUUACAAUAAAAUUACCACACAAUUAAUUUUCUCAAGUGGGAUGAUGAAACUUGAAAGUAAUGUUGAUCUCAAAUUCUAAUUAUUAAAAUCAAUCUUUUCUGAAUUCUUUUAACAUGGUCUUAAGAUAUUCUUAUGUUAGAUCUUAACAAUCUGUUAUAAGCAUAACCAUAAUUCGUGAUUGAAAUAAAAUGGUUGACCUGUUGACCUCAGCUUCCACUUUAAAAUUAUUUGUCACAUGACGAAGGAGGAACUACUAUUAGUAGUAUACAGUAUGACUGCUCAUGAACAAUUUUUUUAAGUACAUAUUCAGGAGAAUUUAUAGUAAUUUUUGAAUCAAUAUUUGAUAAAUUUAGGUCAAAAGAUCAUUUUGAAUGGGAUGGAGCUUUUGAGUAUCAUUUAUGGAAGAUUUCUAAUCAAUCAUUGCAUAAGAUGUUUUUAGAAAUAUAGAGCGCAUGUGGUUAAAUACUGGAAAUGUUGCAAAUAUGACCAAAAUGUUGAUUUAAUCAUUUAAAUAUAAAUAUAUAUUUAAAAAAGUGAUUUGACAUAGUAAAUAACUUACAUUGUCUCCAUGUUUCUUUUUGUUAUUCUUGAAACAUAUUCACCCUGCUUGCACUUCAUUUAAUAUUUUAUGUUAUAGCUAUGUAUAUUUUUGAAAUAAAAAGAAGUGUAUAUCACAAUCAUUGUUUUGUGAAAUAUAUAAAUGAAGUUUUUUGUUAAAUGUGUAUUUGCUAGAGAUUACAUGCAUGGCUCCUGUAAUUUAACUUAUCUAAAGACUCUUUCUUCAAUGGUCAUAGAUUAAAUAAAAAAUCCUUUUGAAUGCUAUACAUAUGUACUUGUCAUAUUUUUAUAAGGGAUUUAUUUUAUAUGAAUAAUGAUUUGCUGUGCAAGUCAAAAACAAGCAUUCUAAAUGUCCGAUUAUUUUAAUAAUUCUUCAUGUCAAAUAUCGUAGAUUUUUUUUUUUUUUUUUGCAUAAUGACUUAAUUUUAGGAAUCUCUGGAGUCUUAUCAUGUGCUGUAUCUUGUGUGAUUCAUCAACAAUAAAUCAUACUAAAUAU